AUGGCGGUGUGGACUCGACUUGAACGCGAACCUCGUAAACAAACCCCCUUCUUCCGCAUUGCAUCAGAACCUACCCUGAAAAUGGAAGAGCAAAUUCGACAGAUCCGUGAGCGUAUCAAGAGUCAGAUUCCAGGCACCAUCAACGGCUUCCUCGAAACGGUUGGAUCAACAACAAUACGAAUACUUGGCGACACACCGAACAGCGUACUCGACAUUGGAGGUUAUAGCUGGGUUCCAUACGCCGAUUCGCGUCAACGGUCGAGGAUUCGGUUCGUACAAGGAAUGCUAGACGCUAAUAUUGCUAAUACCCUAGCAACAAUGCACAAUGGACACGGGCAUGACCCUUUGCCUUUGGUUGACGAUUGCAACGACGCUGUCCUCCAAUACAAAAAUCCCCGCAACCUUUUCUCCCGAUGA